AUGGCAAUGAGUGGACUUCUCUUUUGGCUGCUCUGGCCACUGCUGCUCCUUCACCAGGGUUAUGCACAGUUCCCAAGGGAAUGUGCUACCCUGGAUGCAUUGAGAAGUGGUGAAUGUUGUCCGGACCUGAAUCCAGGAGCAGAGCCAGGGACAGACAGCUGUGGCUCAUCAACUGGGCAUGGCAGGUGUGAUGCAGUUACUGCUGAUUCCCGACCUCAUGGGCCCCAGUACCCACACGAUGGCAGAGAUGAUCGUGAAGCCUGGCCCACUAGGUUCUUCAACAGGACCUGCCACUGCAAUGGUAACUUCUCAGGAUACAACUGUGGGAUGUGCAAACCUGGAUGGAGAGGAUCAGCAUGUGACCAAAGGGUCCUUACAGUUAGGAAAAACCUUCUAGACCUGAGUAAAGAAGAAAGAGAUCGUUUUAUCCGUGCCCUCGACCUGGCAAAGCGUACUAUUCAUCCCUAUUUGGUCAUAGCCACCAGGAGAUCAGAAGAACUACUGGGGACAGAUGGCAAUACCCCACAGUUUGAGAAUAUUUCCAUUUAUAACUAUUUUGUGUGGUCUCACUACUACUCAGUCAAAAAGACUUUCCUUGGGGAAGGGCAGGAGAGCUUUGGGGCUGUGGAUUUUUCUCAUGAAGGCCCAGCAUUUCUCACCUGGCAUAGGUACCACCUACUGCAGUUGGAGAAAGACAUGCAGGAGAUGCUGCAAGACCCCACUUUUGCCCUUCCAUACUGGAAUUUUGCUACUGGAGGAAACACCUGUGAUAUCUGCACAGAUGACUUGAUGGGCUCAAGAAGCAACUUAGAUUUUUCUCUGAUAAGUCCGAAUUCUGUCUUUUCACAAUGGCGAGUUUUGUGUGAAUCUGUGCAAGAUUAUGAUACUCUGGGAACUGUUUGUAACAGCACAGAAGGAGGACCUAUUCGAAGAAACCCUGCUGGAAACGUAGCAAGGCCCAUGGUGCAACGUCUCCCUGCACCACAGGAUGUCGCUCAGUGCCUGGAAGUUGGUGUAUUCGAUACUCCUCCUUUUUAUUCCAAUUCAACAAACAGUUUCCGAAACACAGUGGAAGGUUACAGCGAUCCUACAGGGAGAUAUGACCCUGCAGUUCGAAGCCUUCAUAAUUUGGCUCAUCUGUUUCUGAAUGGAACAGGAGGACAGACCCAUUUGUCUCCCAAUGAUCCUAUUUUUGUCCUUCUACACACUUUCACUGAUGCAGUUUUUGAUGAAUGGCUGAGGAGAUAUAAUCCUGAUAUAUCAAUAUUUCCACUGGAAAAUGCCCCUAUUGGACACAACAGGCAAUAUAAUAUGGUGCCAUUCUGGCCUCCAGUAACCAAUACUGAAAUGUUUGUUACUGCUCCAGACAACCUGGGAUAUGCUUAUGAAGUUCAAUGGCCAAGUCGAGCUUUCAGUGUUACUGAGAUCAUUGCUGUCACAGUAGUGGCUGCCCUAAUACUGGUAGCAAUUGUCUUCGUUGUCACCACUUGUUUUAUCCGCGCCAGAAGAAACAAAGAUGAAACCAAUCAACCUCUCCUCAGUGAUCAGUAUCAACGUUAUGCAGAAGAAUAUGAAAAAUUGUCAAAUCCUAAUCAGUCCAUGGUAUGA